CAGAUAUUUGUUUUCUUAUAUGAAUAAUGUAACAAUAAGAAUAUGUUUCCUGGCAAGUGCGAAUUGUAAAACAUAUAGUAUGUAUAGUUUACACUAGUUAUCUUAUGACAAUAAGAACAGAGAUCACUCCUCAGUUUACUCCUUUGUGUGAGAUUUACUUUGAUUUUUUUUUUUUUUCUAAAAUUCCACAGGUUCUGCUUUCGGCGUCUAUCGCCGUGGCCCUUGCAGCACCUCAGGGGUACUCUCUGUCCUCGCCUUCUGGACCUGGAUUUUCUCACGGCGGUAGCAGCGGAGGUACAGGUGGAUUCUCCAGCGGUGGAGGUGGUGGAUCCUCCAGCGGUGGAAGUGGUGGAUUCUCUAACGGUGGAGGUGGUGGAUUCACCAGCGGUGGAGGUGGUGGAUUCUCCAACGGUGGAGGCGGAGGAUUCUCCAGUGGUGGAGGCGGUGGAUUCUCUAGCGGCGGAGGUGGCGGUGGAUAUGGAGGAGGUGGCAACGGAGGAUGCAGGGAUGGAGAGGUUCAACAUGUAGAUGGCUCAUGCGUCAGACCUAUAAUCUCGCGAAACGUCUACGUUUACGACGCUCCCGACCAACCUCAGCAGCCAAGUGGUCCCCCACCGAGCAUCCCGCCACCGAAAGUCGAGCACAACAUUGUCUUCGUCCGUCUUCCAGAACAAGGCGAAGGACCUGAUCCCGUCAUCGUUCCUCCACCAAGGCAGGAGAACAUCAUCUACGUCCUGAACAAGAACGACGGCGGAGGAGGCCAGCGCGUGAUCGAAGUGACAGCUCCUCCUCCUUCCAAUCCUGAGGUCUAUUUCGUCAACUACGCUGAUGGUGAGAAUCCCCAACUGCCCAUCGGUGUGGAUCUUCAGACUGCCCUCCAAGCCGCUGCUGACGGCGGCGGCCAGGUUAUCGGCGGCGCUGGUGGAGCAGGAAGUGGAGGAUUGGGUGGAGGCGCUGGUGGAUUCGGAGGUGGUUCAGGAGGCGGAUUUGGCGGCGGUUCAGGUGGAUUCGGCGGCGGUUCAGGUGGCGGAUUCGGCGGCGGUUCAGGUGGAUUCGGAGGCGGUUCAGGAGGUGGAUUCGGUGGCGGAUCAGGAGGUGGAUUUGGAGGCGGAUCAGGAGGUGGAUUCAGCGGUGGCUCAGGAGGUGGUUUCAGCGGUGGCUCAGGAGGUGGUUUCAGCGGGGGCUCAGGAGGUGGUUUCAGCGGCGGCUCAGGAGGUGGUUUCAGUGGAGGCUCAGGCGGUGGAGCCCCAGAUGGAAACUACAGCCCUCCUAGUAACACUUAUUCCGGGCCUUAGGCAAAUAUCCGCCUGGAGAAGUUCACAGAUGAUACCAUUAUGGUCAACUCUUUAUAAUUUUGAUGUAUUGCUAUUUUUAUACUGUUUUAUUGUUGAUUCUUCUACAAAUAUAUAUCCUUUCAAAUAAC